UUGUAGCAGCGACAAAAUGGCUUCUAUGGCAGAAGAGGGAGAUCCAUUCUCCACCUUUUUAGAAAUAGCCGAUAAUAUUGAUACAAAUGAGUGUAAGAGAGGAAGAAGGGCCGUUUGUGAUAGCUGCAGGCGUCCGUCGACAGUGUGUUGGUGCCCCUUUCUUCCAAGAGAGCCACUGGAUAUCCGUACCACCAUCUAUAUUCUUCAGCACCCGUUUGAAGAAUCCAGAUGCUUGCGGACAGUGCCAAUUCUGUGUAGGAGUAUCGUCAAAGACAGAGUCCAUGUUAUAAGAGGAAAGAAAUUUCCAGCAGCCAAGUACCCAGGCCUGACUGAUAUCCUUCGUUCACCCAACACUAUCCUCUUAUACCCGGGGCCAGACGCAGUAGACCUCUCCGAGGUCUCAUUGUUAGACUGUGGAUCUGCCAGUGAAGGUGGUAACUAUCAGAGCUACAAUGUGAUCAUUUUGGAUGGAACAUGGGCACAGGCUCGUGGUCUGUAUCACCAGAACGAAAUGCUGCAUUGGCCACGCAAAGCUCAGAUCCAGUAUGGAGAAAAAAGCAAAUAUGUAAUCCGUACUCAACCAACAGACAGCGCUUUGUCUACUUUAGAAACAGCAGCUGUUGCCAUCUCCAUCCUGGAAGACAGACCAGAUAUUGUGGAGAUCCUCACACGUCCUCUUGAAGCUCUGUGUGAUUUUCAACUACUUCAUGGGGCUGUAAAACAUCAGAGCCGGGAAUACAAGAUUGAAAAUGGACUUUGGACAAAGCCCUUACCCCGCUCCACAUUACGCCGCUUGCAGAAAUUACGAACAGAUGGAGAGAGAAAUACACUUUGACAUGAACAUUAUUUAGAAAUGCAUCUUUUUGUUGGCGUGAGGAAUGUGACUUAUCAGAAAUGUAGUCAUGGUUUAUUUGGAAGAGAAAAUGUGUGCUGUUGGUUAAUAUGGAAAAAAUUAUUUUUGAAAUGUAACAGUAUGAUGGGCUUUUAUUUCUUGAUGAGUGCGUGAGUGGUGAAAAUAAAUGUGUCCAACGAG